UUCACGGAUUCUUAAGACAAGUUAAAGCAAUCAAGCGGUCUGAUAAGUCAAUAUUCGGUAGCUCUUGCUAAGAUUUAGUCAUGUGAUCCCAGGUGUCUUUGUUUGAAAACCAUUCAAGCUUGUCAUAUGUGUCUUGGUGGCAGAUGUGUUUCAUUGUGUAUUGGUGACAUUAUCAUGACGUGGCGUAAAAAUAUCUAUCUUGAAGCACAUGUAUUCUUAUGAAGUUACUCUGGUUUUGUGCAUGACAAGUAUAAGGAAAAUAUGUAAAAGUGAAAUCAUUCUUUCUUUUAGGAAUGCAUGAUUAUAUUUAGUGAUAUGGGUACAAAUUGAAACAUAUAAAAGCCAAACAUGGAUGAGUACAUACAUGAAUAUGAAUACUCUCUGGUUCCUAAGUUUGAUCCUGAUGAAUAUGAUCCAGAGGAAGAUGGAUACUUUGAGUUUUUGCCAGAGGACACAAUGGGAAUGACUGUGACCUCUGGCAUUGUCACAUUACAAAAGGACUCCCAAAACUUGAUAGGCAUUAGCAUUGGUGGUGGGGCACCGUUUUGUCCCUGUCUGUACGUGGUGCAAAUUUUCGACAACACUCCUGCAGCCAAGGAUGGAACUCUAGCCUCAGGGGAUGAAAUUGUGGCCGUUAAUGGACAGACAGCAAAAGGUCGAACGAAAGUGGAGGUGGCCAAAAUGAUCCAGUCAAUCAAGGGUGAAGUAUCUAUUUCUUACAAUAAACUUCAUGCUGAUCCAAAACAAGGGAAAUCACUGGAUAUUGUAUUGAAGAAAGUGAAACACCGAGUUGUGGAGAAUAUGAGUUCCAACACGGCUGAUGCCUUGGGUCUUAGCAGAGCAAUUCUGUGCAAUGAUGGAUUAGUGAAGAAAUUAGAUGAACUGGAAAAAGUAGCAGACACCUACAAAGGAUUAAUAGAUCACACCAAGAAACUGCUGAAAGCCACCUUUGAACUUUCCCAAUCACAUAAAGCCUUUGGAGAAGUAUUUAGUUCUAUUGGAGUGAGGGAACCCCAGCCAGCAGCCAGCGAGGCCUUCACAAAGUUUGGGGAGGCACACAGAAAUAUGGAGAGAUUCGCUAUCAAAAUGCUAAGGACAGUCAAGCCGAUGAUAAGUGACUUGAACACCUACUUAAACAAAGCAGUACCUGACACUAGACUGACCAUAAAAAAAUACCUAGAUGUCAAGUUUGAAUAUUUGGCCUAUUGUCUGAAGGUGAAGGAGAUGGAUGAUGAAGAAUACAGUUAUGCUGCAUUACAAGAGCCGCUGUAUCGAGUGGAAACAGGGAACUAUGAAUACAGACUAGUUCUUAGAUGCAGACAGGAUGCUAGGGUGCGAUUUGCCAAGAUGAGAUCUGAUGUGUUGGUGAAAAUUGAACUGUUGGAUCAAAAGCAUGUACAAGACAUCGUGUUCCAGCUUCAGAGAUUUGUGUCAGCGAUGGCCAAAUAUCACAAUGACUGUCACACAGUGAUGAAGGAAGCCGUGGUCUUCCCAAUAGAGGUGGACCUCUCACGGGGAACAUUUACUUACGAUACAAGUAAUCAGUUUAAUGAUGGCGAAGAUGAAGAAGAAGAGGAAGAAGUUGAAGAGGCCCCAGAGAGGGUGAAUGAGAGUCAAAUGGGGGAUCUCAUAAGUACUGACUGAAACAAAAUUACAUUUAGAUAAAAGCUCAUUUGUCAUUAGACUGCAGCCAGUGUGCAAAACGUCAUGUAAUUUAAACUACAGCAAGUGUUGUGCAAUUUUACCUGGUGUCAUUGAAUAUCAUGAUCUAGGAAGUCUCUUAUUUAGAUCCGAGUUUUCCCUUAUUGGUGCCCCUCGUUGUUAAGCAUGAGAAGACGUCACAGAUAAUGUUGAUAAAUGUAAACGCGUUUGACAAAAACCCAGCUGUUUUCUGUAAACAAUAGUUGCAUUUGCACAAUAAAAAAUGCUGUGACUUUUGACGGGCUGCAGUACAGUCAUUGCAUUAUGACUGACAGGAAGUGAUUGAAAGGGCAAUCCUACAUGUACAGCUUCCUGUAUGGGAAAAUAUUUAAUUUUUAUUCCGUACAUUCCAGUGGCAAUUAAUGUAUGACACAUUUUUGUUAUUUUGUUUAUCUAAAUUUUAUGAUUUAUUAUAUUUUGUUUUACAUCUUGUUAUGUGAACUUUCUGUUGUGAAUCUCAAAGUUUUGAAAAUGAAAUCCAAUUUGCAAGAAAUUCCAAAGUUAUUUACUGGUAUAAAUCUUGUUAUGAAAUAUGUUUAUUUAUGUAGCAUAAUUGUUGUGCAAUAAACUAAAUCAGGACUCUC